GUUAACUCCUUGUUAUCUUAAGCACCCAUAAAGAAUUUUGAUUAUUUUUAUUCACUAAGACUUUUUGGAACAAUGUGCAAAGCAAGCGAUCCAAAAAUUCCAGGAAUGUAACUAGUUGUUUCAGAUGUCAAAUGACACAGAUUUUUUCACAAUUUGAAUGUAAAACUGUAACACUUAGAAUGGUUGUUUCCCCCAAAUAUAUUACAGCAAGAAGAAAGAGCAAGACGAUGAUCAAACCUUCCUUGGAGCAAAUAAGUGAAAUCACAGGAUAGAGAUGGGAUUGUCCUUGCUACAUAUCAAGGUUUAAAUUUGGAAAUGAUACACGUGUUUGAGUUUCAGCUGCCUCUAAAAUAUCCCUAUUGUGGGGAACAUUUCCGUUCAAUGUAGCAAUCACAUCGCCUGGAGAAUCUCGCAAGGGAUACGCACAAGCACUGCAUGCUGUGUUAUCUGCUGAGGGUGAAUGUAGAGCCUCUUGUACAUUUGGCUUCCCGUGAAGUUAAACAUAUUUAUUCAGCGCAGGAGCAGGACUCUGCAGAUCAUGGAGUCGAACAACAGAAAGUUGCUGAGCCACACAGCUCCCUGCCUUCACCCCUAACAAUCCUGUCAACCCCACCCCCGCCACACACACCUUGUGAUAAAAACUCUGCUUCAAUGUGUUUUCGAAUUCUUUGAAUUAGCCUCAAUUUCCAUUUCCAGCAGCGAGCAUCUUUCUUCGCAGAUCUCAACUGACGUUUGACAGCACUGAAACCGCAAAGCUGCAAGUCUGACAUUUAGUUUCGUUUGCACAAUAUACCCCGCCAAAAAAAAAGUCCCUCAACAUACCGUUAUUCCCACCCACCAUCCCCAAACCAACGCAGCUGCGUGGCUCAAUAACUUUCUGUUGUUCGACUCCGCGGUCUCUCGUGGCUCCUCAAUUGCGAAGUCGGUACUCAGUAUGUAUGGAAAAAAUGAAUUUAACCCCUUCCUCAUUCUGGCCGUUAUUUGCACAGCAUUCGCCAAGGUUACGCAGGUGCAUCAAAUGCCGGAUAAAGUCUAUGCAUUGGUAGGGCAGAACGCGACUUUGCAAUGCGCGUUCGGGCUAUUUAGAGAUAAAAAUAACAUUAGGAUGUAUUGGUGGAAAACAGGAGAACGGAAGUUUUUCAAAGAGGGAGAAGAUUCCAGGAAAGUGUUCCAGGUGGAAUCAAAAGCGAGCGCUUCGCUUAAGAUUGUGAACGUGAGAUUCGGAGACGCCGGAAUCUAUUACUGCAGAGUGGAGGGUGAAUACACUGGAAAUGGAACAGGUGCAACCCUUGAAGUAAAAGCUUCCCCAGCACCAAUGACGAUUAUGAAAUCACAAGAUGCAGAUGGUUCUCUGCUGUGCAAAACCUCUGGGUUCUUUCCUGCAGACUACAGCUUGUCUUGGUAUAGAGAUGGUCAAAUAAUUACGAAUGGAGUAAAAACAAACGAUCAGCUUAACGCAGAGCAUCUAACUGAAGCCUCCAGCUACUUGCACGACACAGAGCCAGCGCAGGAAGGAACUAUCUACACAUGUGAAGUAUCUCACUCCACGCUCAAAGCUCCAGCUUCGGCCACUUAUACUGUCAACCUUGCAGAUGUCAGUUCAAAAACUACUUUACCUUGGUGGAUUCCUCUUUGUGCAGUACUGUCUCUACUGCUUCUGAUUAUUGUAGCAAUAGUCAGUUAUAAACUCUGCAAAGCACGUAAAGGCAAGGUUCAAAUGAAGACCUGCGUACGUUGCAUGCAACCUAUCAUGGCAAAUCCUAAAAAUCUGAAAGAGGAAACAGUUAAAGGGAAUACACAGAUGACACAGUGGAACCCAAUCACAACAGCAGACGUUACCGAUGCCAAGCCAAAAGUAAAAAAACAUCGUAAAAGGAAAAAUAUCCCAAUGAAUAUCUGAUAUUUUUUUCAAUCUGAGAAGCAUUUUAUAGUAAUUAUUAUAGAUGAUUUUACAUAACUUUCAAUGUUUGUACACCGUGCAUUUCUUGAAACUCAAAGAAAAUCCAAUUUUAUGAGGUCACCAGAUAACUGCAUUUUAUAUAUUUAUUCGCUGACAAGAACAUUGUUCUCAUUUUCAAAAUUGCAGAAUUUAUAAUGGUGUUUACUGACUUAUUCUAAAUAUGAAGAUAGAGACAAAAAGCUGCAGUAACUCAGCGGGACAGGCAGCCUCUCUGGAGAGAAGGAAUGGCUGAUAUUUUGGGUCGAGACCCUUCUUAGGGGCAGACGUCUCGACCUGAAACAUCACCCAUUCCUUCUCUUCAGAGAUGCUGCCUGUCCUGCUAAGUUACUCCAGCUUUUUGUGUCUAUCUUUGGUUUAAACCAGCAUCUGCAAUUCCUUUCUAUGCAUUUAUUCUAAAUAUGGUUGGAAACGGGAUUUUAGAAGGCCAUUCACAUUUGUUGUUUGUUGUUAAACAUUUGAAGAUUCCAGACAUACAAUGUCCAGUCCAGCAUGGAACUUUUGUCCAAAAUAAACAGCCUUAUUGGAUGGCACGGUUGUGCAACGGUAGAAUUGCUGCCUUACAACGCCAGGUACCCAGGUUCGAUCCUGACUACAUUGCUAUCUGUAUGGAGUUUGUACGUUCUCCACAUGAUCGGCGUGGGUUUUCUCCUAGAAGCUAUGUUUUCCUCCCACACUCCCAAGACCUAUAGUUGUGUAGGCUAAUUGGCUUGGCUUAAAUGUAAAUUGUCCUUGGGGGGUAUAGAAUAGUGCUAAUGCGCAGUGAUCACUGGUUGGUGUGGAUUUGGUGGGCUGAAGGGCCUGUUUCCGUGCUGUAUCUCUAAACUAAACUAUUCAAAACAAAACUAAUUGGGUUUCUUUGAUCAUCAUUCAUACACAUUGUGUGGAUUUCAGGGCCUUUUCGCUAGGGGAAAUUUUGACCUUGUCCAAUGGCGUAUAUGAUGGCGAACAGUCAAUGAUUAAUUGUUUAAUUAUUAUUUCUGUUAUUUGAUUUCCACAAAUAUAAGGAAUUGUAUGGUCACUUUUCAUACCAAUAUAUAGGAUAAGGUUUUGUUCGCACAUGUGAUAUAAAGUUACAUUUUAUUCAGACACUGUGCUUUGGAUAAAAAAUUGUUGAAUAAAGUGUGAAAUUUCAUUCCACAGUGAAUUGCAUUCAAUUGCACAUUGAAGGAUAGUAAUGUAAUCAACAUUCACGGAAAAUGCUAUAAACAUUCAGCAGACUGACCCCAUCUGUAGACAGUACAACAGAGUUGAUGUUUCAGGUUGAAGAUACUUUAUCAGAACUGGUAAUGUGAGAAAAUUAAUUGGGUUUAAAUUGAAGGAAAAUUGACGAACCAAGAGAAUACCUAAGGUAGGAAGAGGCCAGGGUUGCAAUAGGUAUAUAGGCCUGUUGCAAAGCUGCCUGAUUGUUAGAUUCAUAAUAGAAGUGAGAGAAAGAAGGAGAGGGAAUGAACACAAGGAUAUGUAAAGUAACUAAACGUUUCCCAUGUAUGUUGCAGAAAACUGAGGCCAAAAGGGGAAUGGUGGACAAGGCCAGUAGAUCAUUCAGUAUCUGUGGAGUGAGAAAAAAAUCUGUUAAUAUUACAGAUAGUGCUUCAACACUCAUCCCGGGUCACCUGAUUGAUGCUUGAAUCCGAGAAUUUUCAGGGUAUAUGUAACAUUGUUCCAUGGUAUAGGAAAAAUAGGUAAAAUAGUUUGGGCAUUAAUAUAACUAUCUGACGGACAAUCAUCUGCCAUGCAUUUACCACAAUGUGAUUUCCACAACUGCCUUCAAUGUUCACUCCACAAUUUUCUUUUGCAGAGAACAUUUCAAUGUUGUGAUUUCCCAAGUCAUCUUGCGCAUUGCUGCGUAUACCUCAGUUACAGCAUUCCACACUAAUUAUUGCAAGUGAGCAGAGAGACAAGUGACUCAACCUUUUCAGUUUACUUUUUCAGUCGGCAGCAAUUCUGAUUUCUCAUGAAUACAUUUGCAACCAAGCAAUUUCUACAUGCUGUAUAUUUAUUUUAUUUUCAUGCAUAUUAUAUAUGCUUUGUUUAAAUAGCUACUGUCAAUAUAAUAGACUUUGAAAGUGCAACUAUGGGUGUAAUGUAAACAGUUACGUCUGUUUACAUAAUUUCAGAGCUAUCUUGGUUGUGUCCCCAUGGAGGUAACAAAUAAAGCUUUUUGUUAAACGUUUGUCUUGUGAGAUAUGCUUUCAUUUUACUGUUAAUAAGUCAGUA